CGUAAAAUCUAGUGGACGGAACGCUUCUUCAACAACUGCAGCCACCUCGGUAGUUAGCUGGACAACAAAGUCGGAACAUUCAAGUUCUUUAGACAAUUUACUGGUUUAUUUGCCACUAUGAUUUAAACAUACUUAUGUGGAAACAACGAGCUACCCCAUUUAGUUUAAUAUUUAAAUUAUAAGUCAAAUUGCUGGCUGGUUAAGUAAGCACUAGUCUAGUCGCUAAUGCUAACUAGCUAACAUCUCCGACCAUGAGCUCACUCAACUACUCUCCUGCUGAAGAAGAGGAGGUCUGCUGGACUGAGAAAGAAGCUCUCGUGAAAGAGGAGGAGGGAGAAGAGGCUGUUACAAUACAAAAACAAGUAGAGGGUGAGGCUGUUACCGUGAAAGAAGAAGAGAAAGACGCCUUCAGAGUGAAAGAGUUCGAAGAUGUUACUGUGAAAGAAGAGGAAUAUUCGGUUUUUGGAGUGGAGGAUGAAGUGAAAGAUGAAGAGGUUUUGGGAAUGAAGGAUGAAGAGGGGGAGAUUACUGUCACAUUAGAGGAGGAGGAAGAAGAGAGGACUGGAGAACUGAUUAACACCAGUAAAUACAGAGAAAGACAGAAUUACUGUGUAUCCUCUGGGGAGCCUCAACAACAUCAUGAUGCUGACAGGGCAGAGAAGAGUCUCUCCACAUCAGAACACAUCAAGAAACACCUGCGCAGAUCCACAAGGAACAGAUCUCACUGCUGUUCAGAUUGUGGGAAAUGUUUAAAAUCUUCAUCAGAACUUAAAAUACACCUGAGAAAUCACACAGGAGAGAAACCUUACUGCUGCUCUUACUGUGGGAAGAGUUUUACUCUGUCAACCUGCCUGAUAUCACACCAGAGAACACACACAAGAGGAAACCCUUAUAGAUGUGAUCAAUGUGGGAAGAGUUUUCCUCAGGUAAGAAACCUGAUAUCACACCAGAGAAUACACACAGGAAAGAAAUCGUAUAGCUGUGAUGAAUGUGGGAAGAUUUUUACUUGUUCUAGCUAUCUUGUUGUACACCAGAGAACACACACCGGAGAGAAACCUUUUAGCUGUAACCAAUGUGGGAAGAGUUUUACUCGGCCAAGCAGCCUGAUAUACCACCAGAGAACACACACAGGAGAGAAACCUUAUAGCUGUGCUCAAUGUGGGAAGAGUUUUACUAUAGCUAGUGUGCGGACUAGACACCAAAGAGAACACACACACAGGAGAAAAACCUCAUAGCUGUAAUCAAUGUGGGAAGAGAUACUCUGAUAAUAGAUAUCUGAUUUUUUUAAAAUUUUAUUUCACCUUUAUUUAACCAGGUAGGCUAGUUGAGAACACGUUCUCAUUUACAACUGCGACCUGGCCAAGAUAAAGCAUAGCAGUGUGAACAUUAUUGUGGCAGUUUGUGUACAUAGCACAUUUUAUGUUUAGGUUUAAGAUAUCAAACUCUUUCUAUAUAUUGGUUAUUAAUUUAGACACGUUAACUGUGUUUUGACAUGGGGGCUAUUCCACCGAAAUGUAAUUGAAAAGAAGACGAUGCCCAACGUCCAAUAUUUGUUUGGUUCUAGUUGAAAAUAUGUAUUUUCGGGUCAUUUUUUAAAUGACUUUAAACCAACGUAAUUUCAGUAGCCAAGUGGUUAGAGCGUUGGGCCAAUAACCAAAAGUUUGCUGGAUCGAAUCCCCGAGCUGACAAGGUAAAAAUAUGUUGUUCAGCUCCUGAACAAGGCAGUUAACCCACUGUUCCUAGGCCGUCAUUGUCGAUAAGAAGUUGUUCUUAACUGACUUGCCUAGUUAAAUAAAAAGUGGACUAUCCCCUGAAGCUAGUGAUUUUUUAGAUUCUACAAAGAGAAUUUAGAGAAAAAUAAUACGAUUGUGUAUUAUUAUUUAGAAAUAUUUUUUUCCUGUCUUCAAUUGUUGACAGCCAGCAGACACCAUGUCUAUAUUGGUGAAGGUGAAGCAUUGUAGUUGAUUAUAAUGUGAAAUGGAAGUUGUUUUCUGUUGGUGAGCAAACUUGUCCAACAAUAAUAUAGGAUAUAUUUGUCUUAAGGGUGAAGAUUUUACAGGCUUUGGUUUUUCCCAUUUGUGUUUUGAGUUUGGACUUUAGCACGUCAAGCGUGUUAGCAGGUAGGAUGCACUGAUUGGUGUCACCUCCUUAGUCAGUAUGUGUUACACCUGUGCUGGCUUGUCCAUCUCGUUAGUGGGAAGGUGUUUCACCUGAGCUGGUCCAGGUUGUAUUUAAGAGUGUCUGGCCCAGUGCUCCAGUCAACACCUUUAAGGUUUGCUUCCUGUCUUUAAGUUUGGUGUGGGUUUUUCUUUUGUUUGCCUCUUCUUGGGCAGAUUUAGUGGGUCUCACGGUGGGUGUCUUUUAGGUCCCAGUUGUUGUUACUAGUCAAUUUUCAGUGGGCACCCUCAGUUUCUUUCAGAACCCUUCCUAAAAAAACGAGCUUAAAUUUUGGGUUGGAUAUUGCAUCCGAUUAAUAUUUAUGUUCAUUAGUCUUUCAAUUGUUAGUCUUCUGUUGUGUACUAAAUAUGUUUACAGGAACAAACAAUGAAAAUAAAGCCAUUGUUGCAUUCAUGCCUGAAAUGUGCUGUAUAAAGAAAGCUUGAUUUGAUUUCAACAAAAUUGUAUUUUUUAUUUCACCUUUACCAGGUGGCCAGUUGAGAACAAGUUCUAAUUUACAACUGCGACCAUGCCAAGAUAAAGCAAAGCAGUGUGAAAAAAACAACACAUGGGAUAAACAAAAGUACAGUCAAUGACACAACAGAAAAAAUCUAUAUACAGUGUGUGCAAAUGGAGUAAGGAGGAAAGGCAAUAAAUAGGCCAUAGUGGCGAAAUAAUUUAAAUUUAGCAAUUAAACACUGGCGUGAUAGAUGUGCAGAAGAUGAAUGUAGGGGUGCAAAGGAGCAACAAUAAAUAACAAUACAGGGAUGAGGUAGUUGGGUGUGGCUAUGUACAGAUGGGCUGUGUACAGGUGCAAUGAUCGGUAAGCUGCUCUUUCCGCUGAUGCUUAAGGUUAGUGAGGGAGAUAUAUGAACCCAAUGACCGACCAAUCGCAAGACUCUUGGUCCCUCUUAGUAUGACAAUCCGUAUCAAUCCCAUAUCAAAGGAUUCAACAACUGAAAACAGAAAAACAAAUGGAUCAAACAGAUCAAGCCUGCUGAAGUUCUGGUGGAGUGGUAAACACCACCCCCGGCUCUACCAGGGGCUCGAGGUGGUCUCCCACAGCUCUGCUUAUGUCAUGUUCUGUGACCUUGCCGUUCCAUUUCUUG